AUUCCUUUGUCUCGCAAGGCGGAGUCCCAGUUGGUUUACAAGCUCAACAAAAUCGAGUGUCUGGUAAAUAAGACGCGGGUGAAAAACGUGUCUUGCCAUGUGAAGGCGAUCAGUUGGAAUAUGGCAGUGGUGAACAUGGAUUGCUUUAUGAUUUUCCCUCUGCUUAACCCAGAUGUUCGGGUGCAGGUUUUUGUGAAGGACUACAGCAACCAGUAUAAGCCAUUCUUGGUUGAUGUGACCGUCAAAAUGUGCGACGUGAUCGAAAAAAGGAACUUUAUUCCCUAUGGUGUUAUUAUCUGGAAAUUAUUUAAGCGUUUCACGAAUGUUAACCAUUCCUGCCCCUUUUCAGGUCAACUAACUGCCCGAAAUGGGUAUCUGGAGUCCAGCCUUAUUCCGCCGUUCCCCCAUGGGACCUACCAAAUCAGCUUAAUAGUCGUGGAUUCGAACUCCACCACUAAGGAAUACGUGGGUACUAUGAAAUUCUACCUGCAAGCCAUGGAACUAAUAAAGAGCAAAAAGCUGCCCAGGACCUAA